GCGCACCUGGCCGCGCACCUGGCAGAGCCUGCCGUGGCCCUCCCCGCUCAGAAAUGGCGAGCACCCAGCUGCUGCCGCUUCUGCUCCUGGCUCUGGCGCUGCUACGGAAGCCGCCAGGGAAUUCCUCUACUCUUGCCUUUACAGGUGUUGCUUUUACAUUGAUCUUGGAAAACAGAGCAACGAGAGCGACUCCCAGCUAUAGCCCCACGUCCAGUUUAGAGUCCACCCCCACCAGCUCCCUAAGCCAGACAGGGCCAAGCCCCGCCAGCCCCACCAGCCCCUCAAAUUCAGAGUCGACCCCCACCGGCUCCCUAAGCCAGACAGAAUCAAGCCCCACCAGCCCCUCAAAUUCAGAGUCCACCCCCACCGGCUCCCUAAGCCAGACAGGGCCAAGCCCCGCCAGCCACGCGAGCCCUAGCUCCUCAAAUCCAGAGACAGCUACCCCGUCUGCACCACCAGGGACAGUCACGCACCCCAGCGCUGGGCCCCCCAGUUUAGAGUUCACCUAUUCCACUCAACCCAGUUCCACACACUUGAACUCCCACUGGAUUUCCACUCCCCCCAGCCCUGGCCAGGGUGACCCUGGCGUCCCCACGUCACACAGAAACCCAGGCUUGGUGGUGGCCGUGUGCUUGUUGGUCUCUGUCCUUCUCAUCGGGUCCGUGGUAAUGGCCGUGAGGUCCUGUCACCGAGAAGUAUCCAGGUUCCAUAAGCUGGAUGAAGAGUCCAUGGGAAGUGAGAGCCAAAGGUCAUCCUUUGCCCACCGCACACCAGAGUGACUGUCCUGGGGCCAAGAGAGACCGGGGCUCAGGUGGGGCUGGGACAGCUGAAGAAAUAAACCCCCUCCUGUGCUGCGCGGUGGCCAGGAUCUGUAGCCACAGCUGCUUGGGUGGCUGAGGCAGGAGGAUCGCUUGAGCCCAGGAGUUUGAGGCCAGCUUGAGCAACAGAGUGAGACCCUCGUCUAAAAAAAUAAACAAAGUCCCUGUGGUUCA